UCGACAAGUGAAGCGUGGCCACUUCAACUCACUCACCGAAGUCUGCGCCUGCUCUUUAGCGGUGCGUAAAAGUUACCCGUAAAACUUUUAUGGCGCUACACUUGACUUACUCUGGAACACAGCUUUAUUACGCAUCACCACGUGGUUUGAUUCCUACGUAAAAACAGCAGCUUUGCAGAAUUUUGGCUCGUUUUUGUAUUUGUUUUUCUUUACACUUAGUUUUUUGACACGGAUGUUUGUCCAAGACGCACACUCGGUGCUGCCUCUCCUCCGCGAGGGGGAAGGAGCCCGUGGACAUAAUGGACCACUGUGUAUCCUUAUUUGAGACAAUGCAGCGGGUUGCUUCGGAUUUGAGCAAGAAAUCGUCGUUUUCCUUACGACGCUGGACGUUUAGCACCAUGGACUGACACGGGCGACAGUAUGAAGCUCCGGAUGCUCUACCACAAACCGUGAGGGCUCUGUGUGUUGUAGAGUUUCAUGAACAAAGUGAAGACUCAAGAAUGAAGACCAAAUAUGCCAUUGUCUUCAUCUGUAUCGUGGCCCUGGUCAUCAUCGAGAAGGAGAGCAACAUCAUAUCCAGGGUGUCGGAUAAGCUGAUCCAGAGACAGAACCCCGUGCAGACCCCUCAGACUCCCGUGGACUACAACACCACCAACAGGGCCUUCAGCAUGUUCAAACUCCUGCUCUCCAAACUCACCAACGCAAACUUCUCCGACCUCCUUGACGACCAGGAGAACCAGGCGUGGAGCAGAUCCGGGGGUCAGAAACACAUCCUGCUCCUGGCCACCACCCGCACCGGCUCCUCGUUCGUGGGGGAGUUCUUCAACCAGCACGGGGACGGGAUGUUCUACCUGUUCGAGCCCCUGUGGCACGUGGAGCGGAUGCUGUCUAGCGUCGCCGAGAGCAACAAUGGGAGCGGGGGUAUCUACAGGGACGUGCUCCAGGGGCUGUUUGUGUGCGACUUCAGCCCCCUGGAGAAGUUCAUCUCUCCGUCACCUCAGGAUCACGUGACUGCUGCACUUUUCAGGAGGGAGUCCAGUUUGUCUCUGUGUGAGGAGCCGGUGUGCACGCCGCCGGUGAAGGACGUGUUCGAGAGGUAUCACUGUAAGAGUAGACGCUGUGGCCCCCUGAACCUCACCCUGGCCUCGGAGUCGUGUCUGUCCAAACAGCACCACGCCAUAAAGACUGUGCGCGUCAGGCAGCUGGACUCACUACAGUCCCUGGUGGAGGACCCCCGCCUUGACAUCCGCAUCAUCCAGCUGGUGCGGGACCCUCGAGCCAUCCUGGCCUCUCGCAUGGUGGCCUUCUCCUCCAAGUACCAGACGUGGAAGACCUGGGCGCUGGACGGCCAGGUGCCAGAAGACGACGAGGAGGUGAAGAGACUAAAGGGAAACUGUGAUCACAUCCGGAUGUCGGCGGAGGUGGGACUGAGCCAACCACACUGGCUCCGGGGCCGCUACAUGCUAGUGCGCUACGAGGACAUAGCACGCUUCCCCAUGGAGAAAGCCCAGGAGAUGUACCGCUUCACCGGGAUACCUUUUACCGAUAAAGCCCGAGACUGGAUUGUGAGGAAUACCCAGACCACCCAGGGCACUAGUGGGAUCUACUCCACCCAGAAGAACUCAUCGGAGCAGGCGGAGAAGUGGAGAUUCAACAUCCCCUUCACGCUGGCUCAGGCGGUGCAGAGGGUGUGUGGACCCACCAUGACUCUGUUUGGAUACAAGUUUGUCCACGAUGAAAAGACGCUGGUGAAUAAAUCCAUAAGUCUGCUAGAGGAGAAGAUGUUCUACUGAUGCAAGCAAAGACUUCAUGUAGCUAAAGGGAGAUGGGUCGGCACUUUAUAUUACAGCUAAGUAAUCUGUAAUAAUAACUUUAGAUAGAAAAUAAGCCAUUCUGAGUCAACGUGGAAUAGUGGCUUAAAGCACGUGUGAUUAAAUAUAGUGUAAUGUGCAGCUAUCCAUAGGAGGUUCCGACAGCUGCAUGGCUCUCUGUUGUGAUGGUGUUUACGGCGACAUCAGCUCCCAUUGGUCAACCAGUUUAUUAAUAUGGACGUCAGCUGACUUGUUUCUUUUAUUAAGUUGUUUAAUAUUAAUAUUGCCAAAAUAUAACAUAAUGACUGACAGGUAGGGGUGUAACGGUACACAAAAAUCAUGGUUUUGAGGUCAUAGUUUGGUUCAUUUUCGGUACAGUGUGGGAACAAACCAACAAUUUGUUUUAACAUUAUACAAACAGGAAAAUAAAAGAAAUGCAAAGUACUGCUCGGUAAUACUUAUAAGUUAAAUAAAGUAUUCUCAAAUAAGCAAAAAUGUAUAAACAAAUGUAUGAAAUAUAAAAAAAUAAAAAUCCUUGUAAACAGUAAACAAAACUUUUUGAAAAGUAAAGCGCAGCACUAACGGUUCUGACAAAAGACCGUAGUUUUCACGUAGGACUCGCGUGGUUCGGAAGGACAUAGUCAAGGACUAGCCGCCCAGGCUAUAAAGCGAUGCGAGAAACACUGCUAUUCCAAUCAUGGACGAGUUCCCUUGUGAAUAUUAAAGAGCUGAGCCUUCCGUAUAGCUGCACAUGUAGUGGUGGAAUGUAAACACACACAAAUUGCGCAAAGUCAGUCUUGCACAACCACGCACCGAACUGAAUGUCCCGUAUCGAAACAGUUCGGCACAAAUACAUUUACCAUUACACCCCUACUGACAGGUGUUAUAGAUUAUAGCUCUAAAGCAGACACAAGAACAGUAUGUCUUGGUGGAAGUCUACCAACCAAAGGAUCGCUGAUUCGACCCUUGCACACUCAGAGGUCGGUAGAGUGGCCAAAAAUUGUACUGAAGUAAGAGUAAUGUCACUUCAAAGUAAUAUUACUGAAGUAGAUGUGUAUUUAGUGGUUCAAGAAAUUAGAGUAAAAUAUAUAUUUGGGAAAAAGAGUAGUAUCUGAUGUAUAAAUUGAGGUUAAUGUACAGAAAUCUGAAGGACAAAACAUUACAUAAUUACACAGUGGGAAGAGGAACCAAAACGUUUAAUUAAGAAUAAUGUUGUGGAUUUCUACUAGGAAACUAUUAAGGAAUAAUGUUACUGCAAUAAAAAUAUUACUUUAGCAGGAGUGAAAGUAUGCUACUAGAGAAAUACUCUAAAAGGUACGAAUUCUUUAAAAAGUAACUCAAGUGUUUCAGUUACUUGGCCUUUGCUUUGGACAUAAGAACUCAGUUUGAUGAGAGUAAUGCUCAGAGUCUGAUGAUCCUUUAUAGAGUUACCUGUGACAUAACAAUCCAGGGAGAUUUUUGACUGAUUUCUCAAGCUCAACAGAAUUAAUUAAACAAGAAUAAAUAUGGUAUGUUUUUGACAAGGGAACAGUGUUUAAAAGCUUUAUUAAAUUGCAUAAUGUGAAUUUUUAUUUAAUUGUGGUGAGAGUGAUUACCCGUCUCAUUGGUUUUAUCUCGUGCUGUAAUAUAAAGUGCUACUAGAUUACAGGUUACAGUCAUGUUAACAACAGGAAACUCCCAUGCCAUACUCACCAAUAAUGUGCCUCUGGUUUGGAGCUAAAGUCUCCAGAUGUGACCAUAUUUAUUAUUUGGACUUGAUGUUUGAAGCCAGGUCUGGUACUGAAGCUUUUUGGGAGGUUCAUGUGGCAAAAGUCAGUUAAUGUACUAAAAUAUGAGGAACAAGGUUCGACUGUGGCUGAUUUUGAUAAGAAAAGCAACAAAGGGAAAUAUAGUGAUGCAACUGCUCCAUUGUGAAGUGUCUUUUGUAAGAAGUGCCACAAUCACUACUUGGACAAACGUGCAGACAUACUAAUGAUGUUUAUCACUGUGUUCCCAUGGUAUAAAGUGAAAUGCUUUUUUUGAACUUUUGUGAAUCCAACAAUUGUAAUGCCCUAGUUUCAGACAAGUGUCAGCUCUUCGUCCCACAGCUGUACUUUCUCACAUGUGUGGGGGCUGUGGCUGUGUCGAUAUUUUACAUGUGACAAACCAGAUAAUUUGCGUAAAAUUUAAAGUUAAGAAAUCUUACCUAAGGCAGAAUACCCAAAUAAACAUUCAUAUUGUUAAUGGCAGGUUCACUAACUCCGGGCUCAAACUGAACACACGGCUGUGUGGUUCUUUCCGUUGACAGUCUAUUUUGGGCGAAUACCAGAGCCAGACGCAGCAUUUUCCCUUAAGAAAUGAAGAGUUACCAGGAGAGCAUGUGAGCAGCUUUAAGCACACAGGAGUCACAGAUUAAACCUCAUACAGUCACAGUUAAACUUUCACACAGAGUCACAGGUAAAGCCUGGCACAGAGUCACAGCUAAACUUUCACACAGAGUCACAGCCAAAUGUUCACACAGAGUCGCAGCCAAAAUUUCACACAGUCACAGCUAAACUUUCACAGAGUCACAGUUAAACUUUCACACAGUCACAGUUAAACUUUCACUCAGAGUCACAGCUAAAGCCUUACACAGGAGUCAAAGCUAAAGUCUCACACAAGAGUCACAACUAAAGCCUCAAACACAGGAGUCACAGCUAAAGCUUUGCACAGAGUCACAGCGAAACUUUCACACAGUCACAGCUAAAGUCUCACACAGAGUCACAUCCAAACCUUUACACAGAGUCACAGCUAAAGUCUCACACAGAGUCACAGCUAUAGUCGCAGACAGGAGUCACAGCUAAAGCCUCACACAGGAGUCACAACUAAACUUUCACACAGGAGUCAAAGCUAAAGCCUCACACAGGAUUCACAGUUGAACCCUCACACAGGAGUCAUAACUAAACCCUCACUUACAAGUCACAGCUAAAGCCUCACACACAGGAACCAAAGCUAAAGCCUCUCAAUGGAGUCACAGCUGGACCAGUGCAGUCUUGGCGUAAGGAGCAUUAGAUCAUCACUAUGAGAAACAGCUUUUUCUGAUGAAAAUGGGUUCUGCCACCAGUCUCAAGCCAUCACAAUAUUCUCCAUGUUUUUGAGAGACCGAAAAUACUACAUUGCAACACAUUUGGCAUCCACUUGCUGAAAUUUGCACCCAAAAUGAAAAAAAAAAAAAGACCUGGCUAUGCAGAUACUUGCUUGAGGACCCAGCAGAUAGAAUUUCACAUUUCAUAAUUAACACAUUAACACAUAAUAAAACACAAAAAUAAUCGUCUCUCUUGGCUGCUGCUGGGAGUGACUUGAAUAAGGCUAAUAACAGUAGCUGCUUGUGUCAGAAUAGUCUCUCACGAAGGAGACGGCCAAAGUUACUCAAAAAAAAAGUAUGUGAAAAUGUAUGAAACCUGUGUGCUAUGAGAAAGAGCAAAUUACAGUGUCAAAAAGCUGAGCCUGAAUAAUAGCAUUUAGUUCAUUUACAUUGUUUUCAAUAUGAUCUAUUACAUCGACAGCUAUGCACCAACUAUGGUAUAUUUCCAUUUGAUCUCAGGUAAAAUCCUCAAUAUGAAAUAAUGCCAUCAAAAGUCGAAGUAUAUCGUGUAACCUCACCUUCUCACUUUAGCCUCAUGUUUACCAAAUGCGGUGUGAAGCCAUCAGAUUCAAUGCAAUUCAAAUGAGACGGAUAUGAAUUAUGGAUAUUUAUAUUUAUGUGACCUAGAAGAGAUUUUCUGUUUUCAUCAAAUGUGUCGACAACAGGUGCUGAUGCUUUUUGCAAUAAAAAUACAGUAGCAGAAUCUUGAA